CGGCGCGCACCAGACGCGCCGCAGCCUCCGCCCCGCGCGCACGAGCAUGCCGGCAGGCCCAUGGGCAAGAAGGGCAACAAGCGGAAGACGCGCUGGAGGGUGCUCCCCAUCUGCGAAGAUGGCGAGGAGGCGACGCGUCCGCGUGCCGGAGGCGGCGGCGGCGGCUCGUCGGGGAGCGGCCACAGCCCGUACCGUCCCCACGCGCCGCAGUCGCAGCCGCAGCCUCCGCCCCCGAGCCGUACCAUCUCCUUUAACGACGAUGAGUACACCAAGAUAACGACGCCGCGGCAGGAUGUGCUGUUCAAGAAGGGCUACUUGGGCCGUGCGAGGCCAGCCCCCGAGGUCGCCGAAGACGCCGCCGCCAAAGCGCAGAUUGGCGAAGAAGUAAUUCCAAAUGAGCGGUGCGGUUUGGUGAAUGUUCCUGAAGAGCAAUACGUGUACACGAACGGCUACGUGGACCAUGGGAACAUGUAUUACAUGAAUGGAGAUGGUUAUGAGCUGUGCAACUUCACAGUGCUGGUGGGACCCGCCCCAGCACCUGCGCCUGUGCUGGCUGCCAUUCCUUGUCAACCACUGCCACUGCAACCACUGGAAUGGUUCAAUCCACCCACUGCCUUUGUUCAUUGCCUGCCACAUAUGCACAGUUCCUCAGAGUCACAGAACUCUGGACCACAGAGCUCAGAAUCUCCUGGGAGUCCUGAGGAAUGUGAAGAAGUUAUAGCUUGUGAGGAAGAGCCAACUUUUUACCCACCCCAUCCUCCUGCAUAUGUCUACCCAGGCUAUAUGUUUGGGCCCCCUGUGUUCAGUAUGAAUGGUCUCACAAUUCAAGGAGGUCCUCCACAGCCUCCACCCACAGAAGUAAUUUCUGUGAAGCAUCACAAAAAAAAGCGCCGAAGGAGAAGACAUCAAGGAACUAUAGAUGAUGGUUCUGAAGGGUCUAGCUCAUAUGAGAAAGAAGCAGAGAAACCUUUAAGCCAACUUGGGCCUGAUGCAUCAAAAGACUGUGAAUUAGCUGUUGCAGCCCAAGUGGGAAGUACAAAUACAUCUGCCCUAGGUAUGGAGGUGGAAUUCAAUACCACAUCAGUAACUAACAACAUAGUUACUUCAGAAAAUAUACCCGAGCCAGCUACUCAAGCUUCAUGUAAAGAUGUACAAGCCAGUGAGGAUAUUGCAGGGAUAUCUGAAGAGCACCUCCUUGACAACAACAAAUCAGUCAAGAUGUACAGUUCACAGAAAUGCAGUUGUGUAGCUGAGAGUUCUUUGGAUGUGGAAACAAGUUUACGGACAGAAUCAUGCUACAAUGCUGUCAAGAAGGCUGAUGUACCCUUGUCAAAAAGUGAAAGUAGAGGUCACAAGAAACAUCUGUCAGAAUCAAAAGCGAAAAAGUUGAAACACGCUGAAAAGAAAGUGGUGUCAGAAGGUAGCGAUGUAUUAACUGCACAUGAGAAUACUGGGAGUAGACGAUCAAAGAAAGGAAAUAAGGGAAUCACACAAAAUGCAGCAGACUCUACUAAAAAAGGGUCUAUUUCAGCAGUUGAAAAAGGAGAUAAUGUCCCUUACAAUAGUAGCACUGUAUGUUUUGAAGAAAAUUCCAUCAAGAGAAUAGCUCAUGACAAUAGGUCUUGCAAAAGCUAUUCAAAGGAUGAACAUGCAGGACAUGAAGGACAAACUGAACCAAGAAGUGUAUUUGAAGAAGCUGGUGCUGACCAUAGCAUGCAAAAUGGUAUGCCAGAUGACCACGGCAUAUUGUCGCCUGUGAAACAGACAAUGCCUUCAGAACAUCCCACCAGUCAGGAAACUCUCACAAUAGUAGAUCAUGACUCUGAGUUGAACUGCAUUCCAGAUAUAAUAAAUAUGAAUGAAUCACAAUUAAAAGACACUGUUUCCAUAUGCAACAAUCAAGAUGCAUUUACAGUAUUGUCAUCUGACUAUUUUUCUGAUGAGUCAAGCAGAAUACAACACACACAAAAUGAUUCCAAAACAACAGCAUUAGAGUCAAAGGAGAGUGCAUCAAAGAAUUUCCUCAGUUCAACUGAUGACACUGAGUUACCUCAUGGGGAGACAAAUCAAAUAGUUAAUCUGAGCUGUUCUACCUUAAAUACUGCGGCUAUCUCUGAAUCUCUGAAAGAAACAGACACCCUACUGGCAGAGAAUGUCUCAGGAGGGCUACACUGUCCAAAUGACCAUGCAGGCCAUAGUGAACAUGAUGAAAGUAACAAAGAUAAAUUUGAAAGUGAAAUACAGAGCAGCCAAAGCACUGAAGAAAAUUUUGAACAAGGGCACAAAGAACUUCAGCUGAAACCUACUUCCACAUCAACUGAAAGUGAACAAAUUGUUACCAGUCAAAUAACACGCCAUGAUUCCAAUGACCAGGAAACUGAAGUAACUCCAAGCACUAGCUUAAUUCAGUAUGCAGAAAAUAUGUCAGCCAUUAUUGUAAAAGAGGCAUUAGAUGAAGUGCAGUUAAGGCACUUUAAGAACUUGAAAAUUAAAGAGGCUGUUGAAAAAUGGCUUCACUCACAAAAAGGAAAGGAAGUUAUAUGUCUUACAAGUGCUGCUUCAAGCUAUAUGUGUGGGAGUGAUGAAGAGAGUGAAAGUCCAGAAACAGAUGAAGAAUUAGCAAAACCUAUUUUAUCCGGUCCAAAAAACGUGCUACGCAACCCUUUGCUUGCAUCAUCUCUUAAUUUUUUGUACAUGGAUGAUGCAAGUAUAAGGGUUGCAAUAAAAUUUUGUGAAGGGUGUGUGUCUUUAGCUAAUUUAAUUCCUCAUAUGAAACUGCUCAAGUUUAAUUCCGAUAUGAAAUGUGAUAAUAAUACUGAAAAAAAUGUCUGCUCAAUAAUUAAGGUCCAUGGCCUUAACACUGACUGUGGAUUUACUCUUUCCCUGCAGGAUAAGGAGCCUUGUAGGAUAGUGAAAAAAUCACCUCAUAAACAUCACAUCCAUAACUCCAUUAUUAAUGAAUUUUGUAAAUCAUCAGACAAACAUCAUGAAAGUGAAGAAUAUGAAACUAAAGGUGCUUUAAGUGAAGUGGUAAAUAUGGAUAAUUCAUUAUCAGAGCAAAUAGAUACUUCUGAUAUGAUUGACUGCGAAGCUGAAUUUUACAUUUGGGAUUCUGAGCUAUUGAAAAAACAGUUGAACAGUCAAGUUGAAACUGAGCUUAAGCUGGAAUCAUCAGAUAAUGUAUCAUGCAUGUGUGACCCAUCAUUAUUUGUGGGGAAAUAUUACAGUCUGGGUCUUCCAGUGGAGAGAAAUAAUUAUGAUUCACAGACUGACACUGAAUCAGAAGAAGAAGUAAUGAUACAAAGUGAUUCAUCACAAAGCUGGUUGUCAGAAACAUCUAACAGCACUGUUAAUAUGGCAGAAGAUGAUGUCAAAAGUGAAGAAGCAAUAGACGUCAUAGCAGCAAUGAAUCAAAAUAUUGAUAUUUUCAAAUUCGGUUAUGCUAAUUUUUCAAAGCUGAAUUCAGAGAUUUCGUCUGCUGCACAUUCACAUCAGAAAGAUAUUAAUUUUGUAACAUCAUCAGGUGUAAAUAUAACAAAGGCAUCAAAUGGAUUACAUCAUGAAUCUGCUAUUUUAAUGAGGCACCUAAAGGACAAGGGACCGUUUCCAGUUGGAGGUAUCUGCUGCAUGAUACAGUAGACAUGUUCCCUUGAAGAUUUCUUUCACAAGUGUUUACAGCAAAGUUAUCGAAUAUUAUACAUCAGACAUAAUAAAUUGUUGUUUCUGUGUAUGCUUUACAUAACAAAAACAAAUGUGAAUGAGAUACUUUGAUGAGUUACAAACAUCAUCUCAGCAACAGCUGUGUUGUUCAAAGUGCAACAAGACUGAAAUUUCAACAAGUAUUUUUACUUAAAGCUGAGUGUUUUAUCCUGAACAUUUCUGUUUAAGCUCUUUCAAUCACACAUCCUGCAAUGAAUGAACAAUUUAAAAAUAAAAUGUGAAAAAUUUAUAAGCAUGUCACUUAAAGACAAAAUGUAUAGAAAUUGUUAAAACAUGAUUCAAACAAAUAUUGGGUGAAUGCUUUAUUUUUUUAGUGUUAUAUAUUUUGGAUGCCAAAUAUAUGAACUGUUGUUUUUUUGCAGGAGUAUGUUAUCAAAGAUUUUAAAUAUUAAGUAAUCUGUAUACAUUGCACUUAAAUAUUGUGAUAUUCUUCAUAAUAUGUGUUUGUGCCUUGCCUAAUUUUGUGACUGAUAAUUCAUAUGAAAGUCCUACUGAAAUAAACAGAUCCAUAACUGCUAUGUAUAUGGGGUAUUUCAAGCCUAUCACUUUCCUUUAGAAGAAUGCAGUUUUGGUGACUGGUUGUAUGUGUACAGUGACAAAAUUAUGAAAUUAUUUUAUUUUAUUUUUUGUCAUUGAUCAAAAUGAUGCAGUCUAUUAAACAGAGCUGUUAUUAAAUAUGUUUUCAUUGUUGUACUCUGUUAAUAAUAUGAGCAAAAUUAAGUUUUGAUACAUGCUGUUAUGUGUGAGAAUAUGCUCGAUCAUUUUUUUUUCUUUUUUUACUCUAUAUGGUUUAAGUAAAACAAAGAAACAAAUUUUUGUAUGUAAAUGAACAGGUACCACUGUAAAAUAAUCAGGUCAUUUGUUUAUUUGAAUUUCGAAAUCUUAAUUGGUGGGUGUGAUGUAGUUACUAGGUCAUCUUAGAUCUCAGUCAAAUAACAGUAACAGCAUACUCAAUAAAUAGAAUUAGCCAUAAUCAUAGACAUUCUCUUUGUAAUAAGUAUGAUCAGUGAUAUUCAUAAACAUUAUUUAUUUAGAAUGAUGAGUGAUGAGAGUUUUGUUACUGCACAAAAUUUGAUAAGCUUUUAAUGUUUUGUCGCUUGGGAUAAUUGCUUGUAGCUUCAGGCAUAUCUGCAUAUGUUUUGCUACAAUUUUGUACUUAAAAUGAUUGUGUGUAAAUUAAACCUAUUCAAUUCUGCUUAUCAUUGAUUUCAAGCAUCUGAGAUAAUAUAAAGUCAAAGGAAAUGUCUCCUUAA